CUGGCACUCUUUUUUACAUUUUUUGAAAAUCAAGGGAAACCUAGAGAAGUAGACCAACCAGAUCCUGCUCUAAUUUCAGCUGCUGCUUAUUGAGGGUGCACCGUAUUUAAUUGAAUCGAGUUGAAAUUUGUGAGACGCAUGAAACUCUAGAAAUGAGUGGCGCAGGCGGUGCAUUUGGUGGCAAUAGGGGGCUCCGUCCAGUGCCUCCCGAAAAGGGGAUAUUCCCAUUGGACCACAUGCACUUGUGUGACUUAGAGAAAAGAGAAUAUAUCAACUGUCUGAAGACCGCUUCACACCAGUCUGAGAAAUGCAGGCAAUUCUCCAAAAAAUACCUCCAGUGUCGCAUGGACAAGAACUUGAUGGCAAAGCAAGACUUGGCUGAACUUGGUUUCAAGGAAAAUAAAGUAGAAACUCCUUGAGGAAAAAUUUCCGAGAGAAUUGAUAAUCAAGACCAAUGAACCCGAAGAAUUAAGAAUGAAAGUACUUUUGAGGUUAAGUUUUAAUAGUGCCAUUAUUUUCCUUUGUCUUCAAAUUUCAAUUAUUUGAUAAGUAAUGUAUAACCAUGCACUGAGUAUGCAAUGGUGCCAUUCGAAUA